AUGUCAGCCACAAAAGACUAUAAGGCAAUUCCGUCCUCAGCCGAGGAGUUGCAAUCCACUGAGAAUGUAACUAUAAAAAAUGGUACAGAUGCCUCUUUGCAAAAGCAACCAAGAGCAUGCAGAAGAAGACGGGUUUGGCUCAUAAAAAUAGCCCUUCUUCUUACCUUUGUUCUGCUUUGGUUUUCGUUCAAGUUUGCAGAGGCUGGAAAUGUGGGUGAGAGAUUUGGUGACGCAUCAGGCACCACAAAAGCCCCAAAAGGUAAGAAGAAUAUCAUCAUGAUGGUGACGGAUGGAACCGGACCAGCUUCCAUUAACAUGGCCCGGACUUUCCGUCAACAUCGUGACAAUCUCCCUUACGAUGACACGCUUUUUUUAGACAAGUAUUUUAUUGGCUCGAGCAGGACUCGUAGCAACUCCUCCUACAUCACGGACUCGGCAGCCGGUGCAACCGUUUUUUCGUGUGGUAUGAAGUCGUACAAUGGAGCAAUUGGCGUGGAUCCACUGAAAAAUCCUAGAGGAACCAUCUUGGAGGCUCUAAAGUUGAAAGGUUAUAAAACUGGACUUGUUGUGACUACAUCCAUCACAGAUGCCACUCCAGCAGCAUUCAACUCACACGUUGACUAUAGAUUCAUGCAGACACUUAUAGCAAAUCAGCAGCUCGGCUUUAACACCACUUUGGGCCGUGUUACCGACUUGAUGAUUGGUGGAGGCAGAUGCUUCUAUCUUCCAGGCAGCUCAAAGGGUGGUUGCCGUGAUGAUGAGGUAAAUUUGAUAGAUGAGGCCGAGAAAAUGGGUUUCAACGUUGCCUUGGACAAAAAGCAAUUCGACUCUUGGGAUUUGGGCAAGAAUGUCACUUUGCCUAUGCUUUCUCUCUUGGCAUAUUACAACAUUCCGUUCGACUUGGACAGACAGGAGAAGAAGUAUCCAAGCUUGGAGGAGGAAGUCAUUACGGCAUUAACUGCUUUGUCGGAAGCCACUAAAGAUUCUGAUGAAGGCUUUUUCCUUUUGGUUGAAGGCUCCCGGAUUGAUCAUGCUGGACAUUACAACGAUCCAGCAGCCCAGGUUCGCGAAGUUCUUGCCUAUGACAAGGCAUUCAAGGCAGUGAUCGACUUUGCCGAUUCAACUGAUGUGCCAACAUACAUUGUGUCGACAUCUGAUCAUGAAACAGGUGGCUUGGAUGUUGGACGGCAGAUAACAGAGGCCUAUCCCGAGUAUUUGUGGAAGCCUAAGGUUCUUGAGAAUGCUACGCACUCUGGAGAGUUUUUGACUACAGAGGUGCACCAGUUUCUAUCGAAAUUGGAAUCUGAGUCGCUUUCUGAGGCCGAGAAGAGCGACAAAUUGACGAUAUUUGUCGAAAAGCAGGUUUUAGAGGAAGGCCUAGGCAUUUACGACUACGAUAAGCAGGACGUGAGCAACUUGAUUGCAUUGAAAGACACAUCGUUAAUCCAGAAUUAUCUAAACAACAUGGUCUCGGUUAGAGCACAAGUUGGCUGGUCCACCCAUGGACAUACUGCUGUUGAUGUUAACAUUUAUGGACAUGCAAAUACCAAAGAUGGCAGGCAAUUCUUGUAUGAUCAUUUACUUGGAAACCGUGAGAAUGUUGAGGUUGGAACAUUCUGGCAGAAACUCACCGGUGCGGAUGUCGAUAAAGUCACCAAGCUGUUGGUUGGUACACCACAUAAACCAGCAUUACUUGAAUUGCAGGCUGAAGCCAAUGCUAAACAGAUCGAGCAUGGCUUUAUUUACCAUCCAUUCGAUGAUACUCGGUUUUUUGGAGUUGACAUGUGGAUGUAA